AGAACACUCGGCUUCCUUUUGGAUCUUCAAAACUCUAGUAAAGUAGAAAAUCCGCUGAAAAAACAUGGCUGAGCUCGAGGAGAAGCACGGGGAAUCGUUGUUGGAGAAGAUAUCGGACAAGAUCAAAGGUGAUUCAUCUUCAUCGUCGUCUGAUUCCGAUGACGAUAAGCCAUCGGAAUCAUCGAUGAAGGCCAAAGUCUCCCGUCUCUUCGGAAGAGAAAAGCCCAUCCAUCAAGUUUUCGGUGGAGGCAAACAGGCUGACAUUUUCCUGUGGAGGAACAAAAAGGUUUCGGCCGGAGCGCUAGGUGUUGCAACUGCGAUAUGGGUUUUCUUUGAAUUGCUCGAAUACCACCUUCUCACUCUAGUGUGUCACUUGUUGAUACUUGCUCUUGCACUACUCUUCUUGUGGUCAAAUGCUGCUACCUUCAUUCACAAGUCUUCAAUGCGCAUUCCUGAAGUUCAAAUCCCCAAAGAACCAGUUUUAGAGCUUGCACAGGCACUUAGGUUUGAGAUUAACCGGGCUUUUGCUGUCCUGCGGGAUAUUGCAUCGGGAAGAGAUCUUAAGAAAUUCCUCUCUGUGAUUGCUGGCUUGUGGGUCUUGUCUAUUGUGGGAAAUUGGUGCAACUUCUUGACACUGUUCUACAUAGUCUUUGUACUACUUCACACUGUGCCUGUGCUGUAUGAGAAGUAUGAAGACAAGGUGGAUCCAUUUGCUGAGAAAGCAUGGCACGAGAUCAAGAAGCAGUAUGCGGUGUUUGAUGAAAAAGUCCUGAGUAAGAUCCCCAGGGGGCCAUUGAAGGAGAAGAAGAAAGAUUAGGUUACUGGUGAAAACGUUUGCUUUUGCUAGGUUUUGACAUACAACUGCCAGAUGUGGCUGUGAAGGUGGUGUUAAAUUUUAUCCAGUAUUAGCUAGAACCCUGCUUUCAUAUGUUCAAAAUUUGUCGAAUAUUUGAUCUUUUAAUUCUCGUAUUUACUACACUCAUGGUAGGCUUUUAUGGGUCUAUAUGUUACGUAGCAAUAUGUUAUGAUAUUGCAUGUUGUGGAUCAUUGUGUUGUACAUUGGGUUGAAGCUUAUCUCAACUUGAUAUGGAUAUCUUUCUGAA